AUGGCUUUUUUUGAACGGUUUCAAUUGCAUGCACUAUUCCGGUUGCUCCUGUUAACCGUGAUUGCUGCUUCUAACCCAAAAUUCAUAAUGUGUGGACAGAAGAAUUAUAUAUAUUGUUGGUGGGCAGUGGAUAUCAUUGAUGUAUCCAAAAGUCCAAUUCUUUAUCAAAAUGGUAAAUCUGUGAUGAUCGAAAAUAACAUUAAAAAAUUAUGCAGUGAAACUAAAGAAGGUCGAUAUGGAAUUUCAUAUGUUGAUAUUAAAAUAUUAUCUAAUAAUGAGUAA